CUCUGCUGUCCACUUUUUUCUCAUCGUCUCAGAGUUCACUUGUGUACGAUGAAGUCAGCCUCUGCUAUCCUCACGCUGUGGAUCGCCGUCACGCUACGACUCCAUCACAGCGCAGCGGAGUUUGGUGACCUAACCGUCGGAUCUGGGCUCAAGACAGUCUUCCCUGGAAUCGGCGCAAUCCAAUCUAGGAUUGCCUCCGACAAGAAUUCAAGGGAACGCCGUAACUCAUUAACCGACGCCCUACAAGCAAUUUGGUGUGACGAUCCAUUAACGACACUUGGCUGUCGCGAGUGCGAGAAGUCAUGCGCCAAACCCAACCCGUCGGUUCACUGCGCUCAAGGUUGCCAUACCACCUGCAUCUGCAGACCAGGUCUAUAUCGUACUUCCGGUCCCUCGCCAACAUGCGCGCCGCCAAAUGGACCCCUGCUCAACAACUGUAAAACAAUACCAAGAAAUGUUAAAGGUUAAACAUCAGAGGGCCACGGAUACGAUACAUGAUGUGAUUAAUUGGUGUACACAGCAAGCGCUGACGAUUGCUUAAUUUUCCUGAUGGUGUUGCAUGCCCACUGUUUAUGUCUGAUUGGUUUGAUUGUCUUGGAAC